AUAGUCAGUAGCAAAUUCUUUACAUAUGAAAACAUAGACUACUUACAAGCUGUAAGUCAGAAGUGCAGAAUUAUAAUAAUGUGCAUUGUUGCCAUGUCAACGCUGCGGAAGUAAAAUGUUCCCUAAAAUUCUUGCAAUCAUUGUAGUACAAAAAAAAUAUAUUUACAUGGUGAUGAUAACUCGCGUCAUCGUCUUUGGUUUUGAGAUUCAGAGAAACUGUUCAAGCGAAUGACAAAAUCCACAAUAGCAUCUGACAAGUUGAUCCACCUUAUUUUGCAGCACAAAGACGGAAAAACAAAGUGAAAAUGGUGUGACUGUCACUUUGAUUGAUUGCAAAAAUUUUAGUGACGUAUCACUAGAAAUUUCUUAGGACCAAAUGUCAACAUUAAUUUCUCAAAUACGUACAGAAAAACACCAAGAGAGAUAGUAAAUGUUUUCCAACCUCAGCUAAAAUCUUUCAUCUGAUAUAAAUGUGUCUACUAUGUACGUACUUUCAGAAUGAUGUAAUCACAGGUGACUGUGACCCCGCCCCUUAUAACCACUCACACACUAUACAGGAGUGCACUGUGAAUCGAACACAUUUGAUAAAUAAGCAGAAUGAGCAGCACUGCCAAGUUUCUUGGUAAAAGACAGUAUAGAGAAGGUAUUGGGACAAACAAGAAUGCGAUACCAUUUAACAAGCAGGACUACGAGAGUCUGAAGCGUGAAUGUUUGAAGAAAAAUAUAUUGUUUCGUGACCCGACCUUCCCAGCGGAAUCUGAGUCUCUAGGCUACAAUGAACUGGGACCGAAUUCCUCCAAGGCACAAGGGGUGGAGUGGAAAAGACCACAGAAGCUGUGUUCAAAACCCCAGUUUAUUGUGGAUGGUGCCAGGCGGACUGACAUCUGCCAAGGGAAAUUAGGUGACUGUUGGCUUCUGGCAGCCAUUGCCUCUUUGACUUUAGAUACCGACAUUCUGGAGCGUGUAGUCCCACCUGGUCAGAGUUUUGAGGACGAUUAUGUUGGCAUUUUUCACUUUCAGUUGUGGCAGUAUGGUGAAUGGGUGGAUGUUGUCGUUGAUGACCGUCUGCCUACCAGAAAUGGAAAGCUGCUGUUUGUUCAGUCAGCGGAGCGUUCAGAGUUCUGGAGCGCCCUGCUGGAAAAGGCCUAUGCAAAGGUCAAUGGCUCAUAUGAAGCUCUGGAUGGUGGCCUCACCACUGAGGGUUUUGAGGAUUUUACUGGAGGUAUUACUGAGAUCUUUGAGCUGAGUAAACCCCCUCCAUAUCUGUUUAAGAUCAUUCAGAAAGCACUUGGGUUGGGCUCCCUGCUUGGCUGCUCCAUUAUUGGCAAUGCGGAUGAAUUGGAGUUUGAGACCAAACUGAAGCUGGUGAAAAGACACGCAUACUCCAUUACUGGCGCAGAGAAGGUUCACUACAAGGGGCGAGAGGUGCAGCUGGUUCGUAUCAGGAACCCGUGGGGUAAGGUGGAGUGGACAGGCCCGUGGAGCGAUAACUCCAAAGAAUGGAAUAAUGUCCCGCCGAAGGAGAAAGCUAAACUGAAUUAUUCAGCUGAGGAUGGAGAAUUCUGGAUUGCAUAUUCAGACUUUGUGCGAAAUUUCUCAAGGCUGGAGAUUUGUAAUCUGACUCCAGACACUUUGACCAGUGAAGAGGUGGGUCGCUGGAACUACUGCCAGUUUGAAGGUACGUUCUCCUCUAAUCCUCAGUUUGUGAUCAAGCUUGAGGAUGUUGAUGAUGACCCUCAUGAUGGAGAAGAUGGUUGCACUUUGCUGGUGGGAUUAAUGCAGAAAGAUGGGCGUAAAGACAAACGCUUUGGAAAGGACCUGAAAAGCAUUGGAUUUGCUAUUUAUAAGGUUCCAGAUAAGUACAAGGGUCGCAAUGUUCAUCUCGGCACCGACGUGCCUAAAAAAAAGGUUGUGGAGAGCGAGUAUUUCAGAAGCAGAGAGAUAAGCGAGCGCUAUAAGUUGCCUCCUGGAGAAUACGUCAUCAUUCCCUCCACUUCUGAGCGCAAUCGCCAGGGAAGUUUCGUACUGCGAGUAUUUACAGAAAAAGAGGUGGACACCAGGGAAUUGCUCUUACUGACACGCAAGCCAUUAGAUGUGUAAAUCAGAGACGAAGAAUAAUGCAAGAACUGUUGUGUUUCCUACAUAUUGUUAAUUACAGAAAAAUGUCAAACUUUAUCCUGAAACAAAUGGUAAUUUAUAGUUAGAAAUAGAUGCAAAACUGUUAUGAAGUAUAUAAUUUAUAUUUUUUGUACAGCACUUUGUUCGCCUGUUUGAUGUUUUUAUAUGUGCUAUAUAAAUAGAAUAAACUUGAUAUAAAUGUUCACAUAUGUGUCAGUGCUGUACCACUUGUACCAGUCAGUAGCAACAAUGGCUUGCGCACUGCAAAAAAUGAUUUUCAAGAAAAAAAAUUCUUAGUAUUUUUGUCUUGUUUUCAGUAAAAAAUAUCUAAAAAUUCUUAAAUUAAGAUGCUUUUUCUUGAUGAGCAACACGACCCAAGAAAAUAAGUCUAGUUUUUAGACCAAAAAUAUCAAAUUUAAGUGAUUUUGUGCAUUAAACAAGCAAAUAAAUCUGCCAAUGGGGUAAGCAAAAAAAUCUUGAAAAUUUUUCUUAAACACUAAAUUCAAGAAAAAUUUGCUUGAUAUUUUUUGCUUGUUUUAUGCACAAAAUCACUUAAAUUUGAUAUUUUUGGUCUAAAAACUUGACGUAUUUUCUUACUAAUUUUUUUCUUGAAAAUCAUUUUUUGCAUAUAUCUACAGACAUGAAGAAAUAAAGAGACCACCACAGUUUUGCCUUUAAUCCUCAUUUCUAGAUGUAUUGUGAUCAUUUUAGUCCGGUGUCUGUUGAAUUCCAACAAAAGCAAACCUCAGGAGUGACUAUA